GAUCCGCGGUGUUUCCGUUCAUUUAACCUCGCGUUAGAAGAAAAACACGUCAUCCUGACAACGUAGCAAAUGUUUCUGUUCUGAAGGCUUGUCAGAUGUCAGACUGAUUGCUCAUCGAUAUCUUUUUCAUUUGUGUUUAACCAGAACUCAGAGAUAGAGAAAUCGUUAAGGUUAUAAUCUGCUCCAACGACCAGCAUUUAGUCUUUAGUGGAGACGUGUACAGGAACUGCGUGAUGAGCUGCUCAUAGACGAGCAUUACAAUACGACAGGACAUCAUUUACUCAUCUGUUUAUUUCUACUGAGGAUCGUAUAAGACGACGGUUUUAUCUACAACAGUUUGUGACGUUAAAGGGGUAAAAUGAUGUCCAACGGGACUGGCUGCCUAUCAAUCGCAUCGCUGGCAAUGGUUUUGAUGCUGGCUUUGAACGCUCAAGCAAGGCCUGCGAACAUGUCAGCAUUAAAAGACAAACAUCCCAACAGCAAGGAAGACAAUGAGAUCCUUCCACCUGACCAUCUGAAUGGUGUGAAAUUGGAGAUGGACGGUCAUCUAAAUAAAGACUUUCAUCAGGAAGUCUUUCUGGGGAAGGAAAUGGAGGAGUUUGAGGAAGACUCAGAACCGAGAAGGAACCGGAAGAAACUUAUUGAUAUCUUCACCAAGGUGGAUAUCAAUAAAGACAGGAGUGUUAGUGCUAAAGAAAUGCAGCGCUGGAUUAUGGAGAAGACAGAGGAACAUUUUCAGGAGGCUGUAAGAGAGAACAAGCUCAGCUUCCGUGCUGUGGAUCCUGACGCAGAUGGAUUUGUAACUUGGGACGAAUACCGUGUGAAGUUUUUGGCCAGCAAGGGAUUCAAUGAGAAAGAAGUAGCUAUGAAGAUCAAGAACAACGAAGAACUAAAAGUGGAUGAAGAAACCCAGGAGGUUCUGGAGAGCUUGAAGGAUCGCUGGUUUCAAGCAGAUAACCCUCCAGCUGAUCAGCUGUUGAAUGAAGAGGAGUUCCUCUCUUUCCUUCACCCAGAGCACAGCAGGGGCAUGCUCAGAUAUAUGGUCAAGGAGAUUGUCAGAGAUCUUGACACAGAUGGAGAUGGAAAGUUGACUCUUGCUGAAUUUAUCUCCCUCCCCAUGGGGACUGUGGAGAAUCAGCAGGCUCAGGACGUUGAUGAUGAGUGGGUUCGUGAAAGGAGGAAGGAGUUUGAAAAAGUAAUUGAUGCUAACCACGAUAUGAUUGUAACCAUGGAAGAGCUGGAGGAAUACAUGGACCCCAUGAAUGAGUACAAUGCCCUGAAUGAGGCCAAGCAAAUGAUCGCUGUGGCAGAUGAGAACCAAAACCAUAACCUGGAAUUAGAGGAGAUCCUUAAAUACAGCGAGUACUUUACUGGCAGCAAACUUAUGGACUAUGCUCGCAACGUACAUGAGGAGUUUUAGGACAUUAUCUUCUGUUUGAGAAAAACUAAAGGCUAUGCUUGUACAAACUGUUAAAAGAAUGAAGUUAGUCUUUGCUUGCCUCGCAGAUUGAAAACAAGUAAAUUUGGUCAUGUUUGUAAUUUUACAAACCUGAGCACCAGAAACCCCUUUCUUAUAUUGCAAUGCUGAACUGUGACACAUAUUAGAUUCUGCCUUUGUAAUGUCAUAGCUGCUCUUAUGUAAUUUACAAAUUCUAUACAAGCUUGCCCCAUACUUAUUUUAAGGUGCUAUCAUGCUUAUGAUUUAUUUUUUGAGUGUUUAUAAUUGAAAGACAUGUAUGUAUAUGUGAUGAGGGGAAGGUUUUCCACAUGUAAAUAAUAUAGUUAUUUGAAGUGCCAUAAUAUAUUAAUGUAUUUUCAUGUUUGGUGGCUUGACAGGGCUGAGGUCUGCAGCCUCCAAAGAUGAAGACAUGGGAGAUAUUAAUUCAUUCAAAUGUAGCAUAGCACUUCAUUUUGAGAUGUUAUUACAUGCAAAAUAGUCAAAUUUGUCAAAAGCUUAGUUAAGAAGUUAUAGUAAUUGAAAAGGCACAUCCAUUCAGACCUGUUGUAUUAUUUGCACUCUGUAACAUUUUAUGGAUCUCAUUUUUGGUGGUUUAUUUAAGUCAUAAUUGUAUAUAGCCUGAAUAUUAUAAUUUUAUUCAAUUCACCCGGUUACCUCAGUAAUCCCUUAUGUUUAUUAAACAAUGUUUUAUCACAACAGUAAGAGCAGUUUAUUCCCUGAAACGUUUACUCUGCUUCUUUCAACGCUUGCAUUUUUAUGAAAUGAAAGUAAAUGUGCUUAAAUGUAAGACCAACUGAGAAGAAGUGGAUUGUAAUUGUUCCUUUUUUAAUCAAUAUGAAAAUGAAAGGACAGUUUCAUGUGUUUUCUUGGUUUGAAAAUAAAAUUUUAAUUAAAAUGCACAA